AUGCUGUCCAUUCGCCGUUUGGGUGCGACGACCUUGUUCCUUGGCCUAGUGGCCGCGCUGGCUCACGGUCGAGCUGUGCCUCAAAUCAACGAGGCAGUGUUCGCUAUCCAAGAUUCGAUCGAACAGUCGUCCUACUUCAUCGACAACACGUCGGAACACGGCCCCUCUUCGACCGCGUACAAUGCGACCCUGUCCACCUUCUCAAAUGGCGAGAUCCGGCCACUCGACUACUGGACUCAGGAAGAAGGCGUCGGACACUUUUCUGAAUGGUCCAAAGCGACCAAACUCGCCUUUCUUUCUGACUGGGUUCACGGCAAAGCACACGAGUGGACGCUCGUCCAGGGAAAUGAAGGUGGUGAUCUCGACUCGAUGACAGCAGCACUCGCGUGGGCAUACCAUCUCUCCCACUCGACGCUGCAUCACCCUCAGCCACGUAAAGCGAUCGCUCUACUUCAGACGCCCCUCGACGCUCUGGAACUGCGUCCCGAGAAUAAAGUCGCCCUCAGCAACUCCAAGAUGAGUUCGGGCCAUCGUGAUCUGCUUACCAUAGACGAGCUUCCAGCCCAUCCUAAAGAGGUCGCGAAGCAGAUCAAGGGGAUCGUUCUGGUCGAUCAUCCACUGCCAUUGAGCGUGUGGCAAGGAGCAAAAGUGCUUGGUAUCAUAGAUCACCAUCACGACCGUGGAGUGGCACCGGAUGCCAAACCGAGGAUCUUUGAACAGGUUGCAAGCUGUACGACGCUUGUCGCGAGACAGAUGCUGGACGAGCUGGAAGCGAUUUCCCCACCCCCUCAAGGUCCAGGAGAGUAUCAUAUGCCGCACGAACUGCUCGAGUUGAUGCUUGACGCGAUCGCGAUCGAUUCUGAUGGUCUCAACCCCAAGAAAUCCACCGAUGUCGAUGCUCAAGUCUCAGCUCGAGUACUGGCCAGAAGCAACUGGCGCAACGAGAGCCUCAGCGAGGUAAUGGAUCGACUAGACAAAGAGCUCGGGAGAGCAAAACGUGAUCUCUCCCACCUCACCGUUCGAGACCUCCUCCGUCGCGAUUGGAAAGGAGACGUAGUCCAAACCUUGGACCCCGAUACGCCUGACAUCCACCUCGGCUUCGCAUCCACUCCCGUCUCGUUGGACCAGCAAAUCCUCCGAACCCGCAAACAGACGAUCGUCGAUUGGUUCAAAACCGAACGUCGUUGGACAGCCGAGAUCCGUGCCGAUGUCAGCCUCUGUCUGAACAAGUACAAGAACAAGAAGGGGAAGAAGGUCAGGGAGAUCACUCUGACCGUAAGGCACGACCAUAGGAUCAACAGGAAACAGGCCGAUAGUCUGUUCAAGGAAAUAGAAGCGGCGUUGAAGGGCAGGUUCGACAUGAAGAAGCACGAAAAGGUCAAGCACCUCAAAGGCAAAAGACAGAUGGUUUGGGUUCAUGGGGACAAGUCGGCCGGAAGGAAGGUUGUUAGACCGAUCGUGGAGGAGGCUGUGAAGAAAUGGGUCAGCCCGUGA